GCCAGGUCCUCAUCAUGUGACUGUAAAAAUGUCAACAUCACUGUGCGCUGUACUAUGAAACCGACAAACGACCACUGAAACACCGAUUUUCUUCGUCUACAGAAAUAAGCAUGCUUUAGUUCUCAGCUGUCGAAGAUGGCUGUAUGUUCCACUGGGCAGUCCUCUCUUGUACACAGCCUGGCCACACUUCUCCGAAGAAAUGGUGAUGUGGUGCUGGACGGUAGCAGCACACUAACCCUACCAGCUGCCAACUUGCAGCAGCUCACCCAGCUGUUUGAACAUUACUUGCUGUCCAGGAGCCAGCAGCAUGGGUUCCUUGCUCUGCCCUCCCACCCUGCCGACACUGAUUCCCUGCUACAGCUGCAAUUCUUGUUUGACAUUCUGCAGAAGACCAUCUCACUUAAGCUUAUCAACCCACCAGAUGUGAGACUACAGUCUGUGCUGAAAAUCUUCCCUUUCAAGUCUCUGAAGUGUUUGGAGCUGAAGAGAAUACCUCCACACUGUCUGGAAGGACUCAGAGGGGUUUACUCCCAGUUGGAGGUUUUUACCUGCUCAAAAAGCCUCAGCUCCCUGGAGGAGCUGCUUUCUCUGUGUGGAGGUGACCUGAGCUCUGCACUGCCUUGGCUGGAACUUCACACCCUUAACUUCAGCUACAACUCCAUUGUUUGCCUUGACCAGUCACUAAGUUUACUGAAUGUCCUGAGAUCUUUGGAUCUAAGCCAUAACAAGAUUCAGGAGUGUGCUGAAUUUCUAAAGCCCUUGAGUGAGCUGAAGCACUUGAAUCUGGGGUACAACUGCCUGCAGAGGGCACCAACGCUGGGACCAAGUGCUAGAGCCAAGCUCCUCACACUCGUCCUCAGGAAUAAUGAACUGGAAACUAUCAAUGGUGUGGAGCAGUUGUCUUCACUCCAGCACUUAGACCUGGCUUACAACCUCCUGUUGGAGCAUUCCCAGCUGGCUCCUCUCUCCUUACUGCACUCCCUCAACACACUUAACCUAGAGGGCAACCCAUUGUACUUCCAGAAGACCCACCGCAUUUGUACCGUCGGACAUCUCUCGCCAAAAGCUGCCAGCCUCAGGUUCAGACUUGAUGGUACCCCACUUUCCUCAUUUGAGUUAUCAGUUCUGCCGAAACCAGGUCAGCUGAUUGUCCAGGUACAGACUUUGCCGUCAACUACUGCUGUGCCAUCGGACCGGAGUAACCAAGAAGUGUCCAGUGGAGCAGGGGAGUUGAGUGACAGUGUGUCUGUUGGAGAAGUGGGGGUCUCAAACUUGCGAAAGAAAAAAUCUAGGAGUAAGGUGAAAGUGCGAAGGGCCAGCAUAUCCGAGCCCAGUGAUACUGAUUACGAGCCCAGACCCCUGUCCUCCACACAGGGAAUUAUCCUUCCCCACCAGGAGGAGAUUGAGCGCAUGUCCAUCUUCAGGGAGCAGCUGGGGCAAGAUUGGCUGAGAUACCAACACCAUCUAGAUGAUGGAGCAUCUUCAACCAUCACCACCACUAUCAGUGCAAACCUAGCAGACCCUCAUUGUCAGACCAUCUUCAGUGGCCUCAACGCCACCACCCUAUGUCCACCUACUGAUUGUGGGCAGCGGCCAUUUACAUCAGCUUCCAUGGAUGUAUUGGGGAUCCUCCCUCCACAGCUUCUCUCCUUGGAACCUAAAGGGGGCUCACCUUGCAUGAAUGACACAGACUCCACCUUACAGUGGCUCAAUCAGAGCAAUCAGCACAGCGAGUCCACCUUGGACGAUAGCAUAGUAGAUGGCCUAGUGGUCAGCCAGGGAGGCGAAAAGUCCCAGCCAAGCCCAGAAUCCCAGAGCUCUGCUCGAGUAGUGAAUGGAAACGCCAAUCAAGAAGAGGAAGAGGACCUUGGAGUGGACCUGUGUCACCCCCUGCUUGUGGGUGUCCUUUCUGACAAUGAUGAUGGAAACAGCAAAGGUCAAAGGGAGAGAAAGGGAAGAAGGGAGGUGUUCCUACGAGUCAAACAAGGCCUAGUGCUGGAAGUGGACAUGCAGUGCGGCCAGGAGAGAUGCCGUCUGGAGCUGGACAGCCUGUUCCGGGUGGAGACCACAGAAGCUGCAUGGACCCGAGGGGAUACAGAAAAGUUGUUUCCAGCUGUGGAUCUUCAGUUUGACUACAUCAACAAGGACAAAAGGAGGAGAUGCUAUGUCCUGCUAGAUGAUGACCCACAACAUGCACUGCAGACACACAAAACUGGAUGGGCUCUGACUGAGAUACUGUCUCAUGUGGUGGAGGAAAACCGAUGCAGUGACUCUGAGUUCUGGCCCAGCUGUGUUCGGCUGCAGUGCCUUCGCUGCAGGUCAGAGUUCGCUCUUCAGGGAGAAACUAGUGAGGAGGAGGCUGGAAGAAAAACGAGGAAGAGAGGGGCUGUGAUGCUACCAGACGGUGUGGAAGAGCAGGACGGGGAGGAGCUGACAGAGUACAAUGAUGACACCAAAGGAAAAACUCAAAUUUGUCCAGAAUGUGGGAGUGACCAUGUGGUUCAGGUGACUGGCCAUUCAGCUCCUUACAGCAGCACACCAAUCCAUCGUUCAUCAAGGCUUGACAGUGAAAAUGAUCAUCUCGAUAUAACCCAGAGCACCUGUAGUGCCAAUAAGGAUGAUUUCACAGAUGCUAGUAAUAGCACGAGUCCUAUCCUGGAAACUCACACAGCUGUAGAUGAACCCACAUUUGUCACUGCUCAAGGAAGCUCCUUCUUCAUCGGGGAUAGUCCAGGUAAAACCAGAAGCCUCCCCUACAACACAGAGUCCCAAAGUAAAGAGGACCUUGCAGGGAGCUACCACUGCACUGUUACCAGUGACAUGCAACCUCAAGUCCCACUGCAACUUGCAGGGCGAGCUUCCCUCAAAGAUGAUUUGGACUUUUUGUCUGAGGACUACGAGGCUGUUGACCAUCGACUGAAGCUUUUCCUGGAUGUAGAGGUUUUUGAAAAGGAAGAGGAGCUUCAUUCUUUCCUCAAGAUGUCAGCUGUCAAAUUUGGGGAGCCUGGAGAAGUUCCCUCGCUGUUGGUUGUGUCAGACCAGAGAAUCUAUUUCCUGGAAAUUACAUCAGGUGUACACAGAGUCCAGCUUACUGAUUGGCUUCAGAAGAAGGACAGCUACCCAAUCAUGGAACUGAGCUACCUGGAGGUGGGGCUGGGCUCUCAGAGCAUCCACAUGGAGUAUGGAGACAGCGGUGUGGCCUACACCCUACUCGUGAGAGACAGUGUACGCUGCAAGCGCUUCUUUGGCUUGUUGACAGUUCACAACAGGUCGGGCACACCAGCUUCCCUUCAGUUCCACUCAAACUCUGUAAAACUUCUAACACAACACAAUGACAAGUUGUAAUACUGGACUAAUUUAGCUAUACAUGUGCCAACUGGGGCUGCACGAUGGCGUGGUGAGUAGCACUUUCGUCUUACAACUAGAAGAUCCCUGGCUCGCGUCCCAGCUUCCCCAGGAUCUUUCUGCAUGGAGUUUGCAUGUUCUCCCUGUGCAUGCAUGAGUUUUCUCCGGGUAGUCCGGCUUCCUCCCACAGUCCAAAAAAUGUUGAGGUUAAUUGAUUAUUCUAAAUUGCCCGUAGGUGUAAAUGCGAAUGUGAUUGUUUGUUUGUAUAUGUAGCCCUGCAACAGACUGGCGACCUCUCCAGGGUGUCCCCUGCCUUCGCCCCAAGUUAGCUGGGAUAGGUUCCAGCCCCUCCGCGACCCUAAUGAGGAUAAAGAGGUGUAUAAAUAAUGGAUGGAUGUUCCAACUGGAAAAUGUAAAGGAUGUUGAUUCAAAAAGAUCCACCCAUCAAGUUGACGGGGUCUUAGAUUUGUUGCGUAUGAAAACUGUGUUCUUGAGACUGUCAUUGAUACACAGCAGUUGGAAAUGCUCUGCUAUAGUGUUCACUACUUAUAUGGUUCAGGAUAUAUCUUCCAGCAUAUGAAAUCACACUACAUGGACAUGUUAACAAUGUUAAAAAAAAAAAAAAAAAAAAAAUACAGCAUUUUGAUCAUCCGGGGUCUAAAAGAAAUCACUCUCAGUUGUCUCUACAAGACUGUUGUAGAGAGAAGAACUGAAAAUCACCAAGAGGUAUUGACUUCAGCAAUUUCAGGUCUUUUUACACAUUGUUGUAAGAGGAAGAGGCUGACUCUUAACGCAUUUUUUUAAUAGGCCACCUCUUUGUUUUCUCAAAGGAGUGUCAGUUCUCAAAGUCAUUUUUUGGGGUGACCUUACAGCUGACUGGUUAGGGUGUAUAGAAGUGAGUCUCUGGUUCAAUUCCCAGCCAACCUGAACCCUCCACGUAUGUCAUUCUCCUCUUUGCCUCUCCCCACAUUCCCUGUCUCUCUCUUCUGCAACUAUCCAAUAAAGGUGAGAAUGCCCUAAAAUGCCUUUGACAAAAGUCAGAAAUAAAAUCUCCGAAGUACUAGUCUUUUAUAUGACUGUUAAUGAUCAAAGUCAUAUUUUUUUCUUUUGACUAACCAGCAUCAUGUAUCAUUUUAGACACAUUUCCCUUUUUAUCCAAAACCUGCUUUUCUUUUCUUUCUUUUCCUCUUUCUGUAAGUUUCUAUCUCUUCAAUGAGACCUCUUUCUUUCUGUCUAAAUUAAUAAACAGAUCAUUUACUGUGUUAUAUUCUUUGUCGCCGAAAUGAUUCCAGAUUUCGUUUGCCAAACUCUCUGUUCCUAAUACCAAAUUAGCCCAAACACAGCUGUUGUAAUAUACUGUCAGAAGUAGAAGAAAAGCUAAAGCAUAACAAAAUCUAUCUUCCAAACUGGCUCCUAUCAUGUUGACAAAAUUUAAAACCACAACUGGAAUGAUGAUGGACUUGUUAGCUGGAAGAGACAAAUAGGAUGUGGUUAUAAGAGGGAUAGUUUUCUGCAGUUUGGAGCUUCUUUCUCCAACCAAGUCUGACACAACUUUAUUGAAUUCUGAUAGGUAACACAGGCCUCUGGGAUCUUGUUCACCUGUUGUUUUCUCUCACUUUGAGGAAUGUAUUUGUUAUUGUUUUACUCAAACUGUGCUGCAGGAGAUUUAGUAAGAGUGAACUUCUGCAACAGAGCUGGGAAGAACUUUCUGAAGAAGAUUUGAUUUCCAUUGUGGAAAGAAUGCCACGAGUGUGUUCUGCUGUUAUAUCUGCCAAAGGUGGCUACGUUGAUGAGCCAAAAGUUUAGAAUACAUUUUGGUUUUCAAAUUGAUUUUUUAAAUUUCAUUUAUUUAUUUGUUCUAUGCUUUCAUUUCAGAGUACAAUGAGACAUUAACAUGCAUAAUUUCCCAUAAAAAACUGGAGAAUUUGGGAUGUUCGAAAAGUUUUGACUGGCAGUGUUUAUAUUGGCGAUUCAUGUUCUACAAUUCUACAGUUUCCUUUAGCAGUACAGAUGUACUUUGCUUUGGAUAAAAGCAUCUGCUAAAGGGAGAGAGUAGAUACAGCACAAGAAAGGAUCUACUCAGGAGAAAACAACCUGGGUAAGUGCCAUGAAACAAAUUCAAGUGUGAUAAUAGGACCAUGGUGUCAACAGGGAGUGCAGAUGUAAUAGGAUUUUUUUUUUUUUUUUUUUUGCAGUCUGUGAAGUGUUAAGUUUUUCCGUAAAGAGCUGGGUUUUUAGUCUUACCCUAAAGACUGAGAGGGACUCUGGAGAUUGAACAGAGUUUUGCAGCUUGUUCCACUACUGGGGAACCACAGAAGAGAAGAGUCUAGCUAUCUAGUUAAUCAGAACUGUUUUAAUCGGUUUUUGUUUUUUUUUGUUUUUUUUUUCUUAAUGGACAUUUCAGUUUGCGUUAGAUAUAAAAUUGUAGAGUAAAAUGAAUGAGACAGGGCUUUUCUGACGCUCACAUUGUAUCUCCUGAGGACUUUUGGAACAAUAUUGUUGCUGUAAGGUCAAAAAAGCCUUCCCCAAAUUGCUCUACGCAACUUGAAGUAUGUCGCUUGUACCUUCCUAGUACUAUGCGGCUCAGACUUGUAGUGGUGCGCUGAAAGUGGUACGAAAAUGUUAAUGGUUUCAAGAUACUAAGUUUUCCAAUCCCACUUUCACCAAAAAGGAACCCGGGAGUUUAUUAAGACAUAAAGCUAACACAUUUAGGUGCCAUUUGACAAACAAAAAGGAGCACAAGUCUCAAAAGGGCUUUAAUGUAAACAAAUAUGCUUGUUUAUGACCAAGGAGCAUUUAAACUAACUUUCUUGUGUCAAAUUGAACUGACUAAUGAAUCAUAAUGCUUGCUUAAUGCAUAGUGACUAAAAUGUGUCUGUGGCACAACAUGACCAAGCCACAAACCAAUUUAAAAAUGAUGUAUUUUGGGAACCUUUAUUGUUUUCUUAAAGUUGGGGUAUGCUAAUCUAACCCAGCACACGUGUGAAAAUUUCCUCACUGUCUGCUAGCUCUAUGUUCUCUGUGUGUUCUUUAGCACAUGCUACCAACCUUAAUAUGCUAGCCAACAAGAAGAGGAAGAUUCUGCUGAUGUUUUUAUAGAAAAAUAUGUGUUAAAGGAAAGGCAAGUUUAUUUGUAUACCACAAUUCAUAUACAAGACAAUUCAAAGUGCUUUACAAUGGCAAAGAAAUACAUUCAGAAAAAUGAUUUAAAGGUAGACAUGCAUUAAAAUCAUAGAAAUAAAACAUAAAAGUUGACAUUAAGAUCAUAAAAAUGCAUUAAAAGACAAGAAAAUAGAUUGACCAUUGACCUGGAAGCACCAUGUUUUCAGGCCUAAUUUAAAAGGUCUGACAGUUUGAGCAGACCUCAGGUGUUCAGGAAGUUUGUUCCAUAGGUGAGGAGCAUAGUAGCUGAAUGCUGCUUUACUAUUUAUGGUCCUAAUUCUGGGAACACACAGUAAACCUGUCCCUGAUGACCUGAGGACUCUGGAUGCUUUAUAUGAAGCUAAUAAGUCCAUGAUGUGUCUUUUGGUCCAAGGCCAUUCAGUGCUUGGUAGACCAGGAGUAAGAUUUUGAACUAUAUCCUUUGACUAACAGGAUGCCAGUAUGAGGAUUUGAGGACCGGUGUAAUAUGGUCCAGUUUCCUGGUGUUAGUUAGGACUCUGGCAGCAGCGUUCUGGAUCAGCUGCAACUGCUUGAUCGAUUUCUUGUUAAGACACCAUUUACAACCUUUAACCUACUGAAAAUAAAUGCAUGAACAAGUUUCUCUUUGUCUUCUCCAGACAGGAAACCCUUGAUUCUAGCAAUAUUCUUCAGUUGGUAGUAGGCAGAUUUAGUAACAUCUUUCAAAUGGUUGUUAAAAUUCAAAUAGUCUGUUACACAGAGAAAAUGCAGAAAAGUAUGUUUCUAUUAAGUAAAUUUGUAAGAAACAUAUCUGUAUAGAUUCCUUAGAAACCUGAACCAAAAGUUAUAUUCCAGAUACUGUAAGAAAAAAAUAAAUAAAAGCAAGACAAUUUCAACAAUAAGUUCUACUACUAUGCAUUUUCUAGAAAACAACUGAAACAUAAAUAAAUGAGCCUAUUAAAGUGUACACAUCUUUUGCCAAUUUACUCACCUGCAGACUCAUGUCUUGGUAUACAAGUCAUUUUUGACUCUGGAAAAAUGUGAUACUUAUGAGAAUUUCUUCUCAUCACGUGUUCCUCUUCACAAGAGUAUUAAUAAGGUCAAGCUGUUUGCCAUCAUCUUAUUUCCCUAGACUUUUAACGCAGUAUUGUUCCUUUUCUUCUCCUCUCCUCCUCAGUGUCCCUUAAAACCUGUUUGUAGUCCUAUCUAUUCAGACUGAACUGUGAAGUCACACUACAGAUACCCUCUUUUCCCUGUUUUGUUGUUGCACUCAAUGACACAUCACAAUUCAUUACUGUGAGUGUGACCCAGCGGAUUGUGUUCCCAACAUUUUCUCAGCCUCUGAAUCAAUGGCGCUGAAAUAUUACACUUGCAACCAGAGACCUUUUGCUUUUUUAUUAGUUACAAUAGCAUAAAUCUGGGAUUGAAUUUGGCUUUUGUGCAUAGACCUCUUUCCAUGAAUCUUUGGGCGUAACUUACUUAGGGCAUCUUUGCUAUGUCUUUCAAAAAUUUGUAGGUAGAUUUUGUUUUCAGUCUAAUUCAGGUAAUUCAGUCAGGCAGUUUUGACUUCAUUGAUUCCCCCUGAAUAUGUGCCUCCCUGAUAAAUGCACACAACCCUAAAGUCUUUACCUUCAUCCCAAAUGUCUCAUGAAAGUGUGCAGAGAGAUGUUUGACAGCUCCUGUUUGAACAGUUGCACAGAGCUGGUCAGUUUCCCAUGUGUUUAGUGAGCAAAAGGCUCAACUACAGCGCUUCUCAAGUGGGAUGUGUAAUUUUCACAAGGAAUAGUUUUCUAAUCAAUUUUGGUUGACAGAUAAGCAUUAAGGGUCUUAAUCCUUUCCCCUUCCUUACAUGUUUUGGUUUUGGAGUCCGUUUUGAAUAUUGGUAGAUAGAUAUUGCCUAAAAUGCUUCAUUAGGGAUGCAAAACUGAGAAAAUACAAAGCAAGCACAAUUGACUUUUCUAUGAACCAUCCAAGAUGGGAGCCAAAUCAGUUCUGUGUCAGUACCUGAGAUGUGAGUUUUUUGUGUUUUAUGUGCAAGCUUUUAUUCAUUUGAGUGUGAAUGAGUGGUACUCUGCAAGAUCAACAAAUUCUUUGCAACGUGGGAUUUCUGGUGAAAAUAUUUUCGUCAGAUGUCACUGGAUUGACUUGAUAGACUGUCAUAUACUGUGCAGCACCCACACCUGCUGAGGCUUUUCAGUAUUUACUGCUUGUGUUUGAUAGAGUACAGGAACAACUUUGUCACCUGCAACUUGUUUUAAAUGCAGACAAAACAAAAUGUAUGUUUUUUACUACUUCAAAAACUGCCAGAUCAGCCAGUCUGGAAAAAGUUUUUACAAGAAAUGGUCAACAAAUAGAGUUGGUAUCUACUUUUAAAUGUCUAGGAUUUUCAAUUCACAACCAUUUGUCUUUUAAGAAGCACAUUCGGUAUAUGGUUAAAAAAAAAAAAACUGUAACUCUUAUUAGGGUUUUAUUACAGAAACAAGACUUGCUUUCACUUUUGUUUGAAACAGAAAUUGGUAGAAACACCCUUUUGCCUGUUAUUGACUAUGGAGAUGUGUUGUAUAUGAAGGCUUCUGCUAGUUGUCUUAGCAUGCUGGAUAGUGUGUACCAUGGGGCGCUGAGAUUCAUCAUUAGAUGUGGUCCCCUUAUUCACCAUUGGGAGCUCUAUUCUAAAGUUAACUGGACAUCUUUAAGUGCCCGACGUCUCAGUCAUUGGUAUGUGUUUAUUUACAGAACCAUUCUGGGUAUUGUUCCUUCCUGUUUGUCUUGACUUUUAACAAGGAAACAUGGAAGUCUCAAUUGCCGAUCUAUGGAUAUUCUGCAGUUUGUCGUCCCCAAAGUAAGAUCUGAACUGGGCAAGAAAGCAUUUGGUUUUCUGCAGCUGAUGCUUGUAAUAAAUUACAAUCUGAACUUAAACUUCAAGCCCUUGUUACACUGAUUGAGUUUAAAGUUCUGGUGAAAUCCUUACAGUCUACCUCGUCUGUGUGCAAGUGUUUUGUGUGAGCAAGUUUUAAUGUUGUUAAUUUUAUCUAUUGUUUACAGUUUUUAAUGUGACUAUGCUGCUGCCCUCUUGGCCAGGUCUCCCUUGUAAAGGAGAUCUCUGAUCUCAGUGGGACUAACCUGGUUAAAUAAAUGCUAAAUAAAAUAAAUAAAUAAAUAUGAAGGUCUGGACCAAAGAAAUGGGACUAUGAAGUUUGUUUUAGAGCUGCCAUUAAUGAGUAUUCAAAUCAGUUAAUAUGAUGAUCAUUUCUGUGAUUCUUUAGUACAUCAUUUGCUUGCAAAAAAUAAUGAAAAAUACUGACCAAAACAUACUGGAGUACAAGCGGACAUCUUCAGAUUUUCUCCACCCAAAAAUCCAAAAUCUCACAAUAGGCAGUUUUAUUGUCCACAUUUACUCAAGUGCAGUUUUAAGGUACUUGCACUUUACUCGAGUUUAUCUCUCCUUCAUAGCUUCACUCUAUUUGAACAGGGAAAUAUUGCACUUUCUACUCUAGUACAUUUAUCUAACAGUUUCAGUUACAUUUAAGAUAAAAAUUUUAAAGAAUGGAUUUAAUUUUAAGACACCACAUAGUUAAAAAUUAAACCGCUAGUUUCCAACCUUUUUGGCUUCUGACCUUACAAAACAGCAGUGUCUAGUCAGAUGUCUAUGAGUUGUUAACAGCUCCACCAAACAGAGAUUUUUCCCCCUUAACUUCUCACAUGGUUGCAUUUCAGUAAAUGUUCCAGUGACCCAAUACCUCACCAAAAAUCAAAGAUUAGAGAAAAAGUCCAAAAUCUGGAAACAGAUUUGGGUAUUCUCUUCCUUCUUCUAAUUAAUUGUCUGUUGAGCCCUCAGAUUUAUCUGCUGUUCCUCUAUAUAUAUAGAACUUUGUAUAUAUAUGUAUGUAUUUAAGUAAUUCAAACUAGCUCUAUCUACAGUGGCUACAACAGUAUCAUGCUGCUGAUGUACAGAUGCUUCAGUAAACAUAAUAAUGUAUCAUUUAUUCUAAUACUUAAAAUACAUUUUACAAUCGGACUUUUACUUGUGAUAGAGUAUUUUUAGAUUUCUGCAUUUGUGCUUUUACUUAAGUAAAGAAUCUAUAUUAUAUACAACCACCACUGCAUUAUAUAAAACCAACAAAAUCAGCCAGUACUCCUUUGAGAAGCUGCUAAUAAUCAACUAAUUGUUGGUGAUUAUUUCAUAGUUAACUGAAGAAGCAUUUUGAAGAGGCAGAAAUACCUUCAACAGUCUAAAUCAAGUCCAGUUGCAUUUGGCUCAGCACCUAGGGGGAAAAAUGUGGACUAAAUGGCACAAUCUUCACACUCAACCUCAACUGAUUUUAGUUCUUUUUUGUU